AUGCUGGCCCUCAAACAUUUGGUGUUCUGCCUAAGCCUUUCUGCGGCAUACGCCAACGUAGAGUUUGAUAGUUGGAAGAAACCGCCGGACAACAAUCCUGACCUGAACAGAGAAAAGCUCGGCGCGAUGCAGGAUGCCUGGAAGACAAUCAGGUUUACGGCGAACCAGAGCUAUUAUCUCAUUUAUAGUAACGGGUUGGGGACCAGUAGACAUUACAGAGAUAAGAAAUGUUUCCAAGUGCAUUCAAGUGACCUCAAUGACACAUUGAAGAAUGCCAAUUACACAUCAAAAUGGUACGACACAAGAUAUAAAACAAAGAAAUCAAAAACGGAAUUUGUUCAAGCUGUAAAACAAAGAGAUUAUAGUAUUGAAAAUACUAUGCAACUGGGCCAGCCAAAGCCUAAAGCCACAUCACCAUAUGGAAGCUGCUACGAUCUCAAUUUCAACUUCUUCUGCGAAUCAACAGGCUGCAUCAUAUUUCAUCUGGAAUGUGGGCGAAGUCCCUUCACUGAAUAUUCAGAAAACUACGUUAUAUUCAGCAAUCCCUUUUGUCAUGUAUUGAGAUCACUACGAAAUGAUGGCGAUGAUGCAUCUUGUGAAAUUUGGUUGAGGGAAGAUUGGUUAAAAAAUGUGACGAUUCCCCAAGUCGCUACAAAAGCAGGAAGCAAAGAAACUGGGGAAAAGGAGAAAAAGCUUGACAGUUCGAGUAAAACUACGUAUUUGUAUGAUUCCUUAUUUAAGGAACUUCCCUCCAGCUGUCGAUACGCAUUUCUUCUCAACUGUGGAUAUCCGACAUACCGAAUUUAUGACAAGGAAGAUUGCGAUAAAAUAAAUGAAGCAGAAAAUGCUGCAUCAGGUGACGCAAACGGAAGUAAUUAG